AUAUUUUUCUCUUUUACCGAUAUUGAAGCUCUUUUCUUGAGCUACUUUACUGAUUCUUGUGGUGAAACAAACAUACCCACAAGAAACCCAGAUCUAUAAUUUGUUCUUAAACUUUGUUUUUGUGUGUGUUUGAGAGAGAGAGAGAGAGAGAGAAAUUCAGCGGGAUUGUUGCUGUCUUUGUUGGGUUGCCUGACAAUAGCAAGUUGGCUUUUAGAGAAAAUCCCAGCAUCCCAUUCCGCAAGAUUUCCAUCUCUCCUAUUCAUGAAAAAACCGGGAGAAACCUGUGUUGGGAUACCAAGAAUCAAGAAUUUGAGCUAAACGUGUGCUUUGGUUGGUACUUAUGUGAAUAUUCUACGACAAAAGGAACUAGAUUUGGUUCUGGUGUCUGGAGAUGAAGAAUCAGGAACCCAUUUGCAUCUGAUCAGAUUGUGUCGUGGGGUACUUUGAUUUUGAGCUUGAAAGUUUCAUGCUGGAAGAUGGCUACUGGGCCCCAGAUGGAAGAGAGGGUGCCUGAAAACUUGAAGAAAAAACUUGCUCUAGCUGUGAGAAGCAUCCAGUGGAGCUACGCUAUCUUCUGGUCCAUUUCUGCUAGACAACCAGGGGUCUUGGAGUGGGGUGAUGGAUACUACAAUGGAGAUAUUAAGACAAGGAAAACAAUUCAAGCUUUAGAACUCAAUGCCGACCAACUGGGGUUGCAGAGGAGUGAGCAAUUGAGAGAACUAUACGAUUCCCUCUCAGCUGGUGAAGCUAACCCACAAUCUAGAAGGCCUUCAGUAGCAUUAUCCCCUGAAGAUCUUAGUGACACUGAGUGGUAUUACUUGGUUUGCAUGUCAUUCGUGUUCAACAUUGGACAAGGGUUGCCUGGAAGAACGUUAGCAAAAGGUGAACCAAUCUGGCUAUGCAACGCCCACUUUGCAGAUAGUAAGGUUUUCAGUCGCUCUCUGCUGGCAAAGAGUGCAUCUAUUCAGACUGUGGUAUGCUUUCCAUUUUUGGGAGGUGUGGUCGAGCUGGGGGUGACCGAGCUGCUUUUGGAGGACCCUAGUCUCAUUCAGCACGUUAAAACUUCUUUCUUGGAGAUUCCACAUCCCAUAAUUUCCAAGAAAUCCGCAGGUGCAGGAAACAAAAGGAGUGGCAAUAAUCCUGCUUGUGCUGUGCUUGAUCAGGGCAUUCUGGAAAUCAAAUUAGUGCCACAUGUACAAUGUGAAGAAUUAGAUAUGGUUUCUCCCAGUAACAGUUCAAAUGGCUUUGAGCCCAAUCAACCGGCAGAGGAUUCGUUUUUGGUUGAAGGAAUGAAUGGGGGAGCUUCUCAAGUACAAAGCUGGCAGUUUAUGGAUGAGGAGUUCAGUAAUUGUGUCCAUCAUUCCAUGAAUUCUAGUGACUGUAUAUCUCAAACUUUUGUAGAACCUGAAAAGGCUGUCUCUGUUCCUAAGGGUGAACUGGUGAACGACCAUUGUUUGCAGGACCUUCAAGAAUGCACUCACACAAAAAUGUGCUUACUGGAUCUCCGGAGCAAUGAUCUGCACUAUCAGACUGUUCUUUCAUCCCUUUUAAAGAGUUCACACCAGUUGAUUUUGGGACCAUGUUUUCAAAAUUAUCAGCAGGAAUCCAGUUUUGUCAGUUGGAAUAAAAAAGGUUUAGCACAUUGUCAAAAUCCAGGAGGCGAAACCCCGCAAAAACUAUUGAAGAAGGUUUUGUUUGUAGUUCCUCGGAUGCAUGUUGGUGGCUUGCUCGACUCCCCAGAAGAUAAUGGCAUUAAAGAUGUAGUAUGGAGACCGGAGGCUGAUGAAAUUGGUAUGAACCAUGCAUUAGCUGAGAGGAGGCGAAGGGAAAAAGUAAAUGAAAGAUUUUUUAUUCUAAAAUCGAUGGUUCCUUCAAUUAGCAAGGAUGACAAAUUAUCUAUACUUGAUAAUGCAAUAGAAUAUCUAAAAGAGCUUGAGAGAAGGGUUGAAGAGUUGGAAUCUUGCAGGGAGUUGACAGAGGUAGAAGCUAGGACAAAAAGAAAAUCGCAAGAUAGUGUAGAGAGAACAUCUGAUAAUUAUGGCAACUACAAAACUAAUGACAUCAAAAAAUCACUGAUAAACAAGAGGAAGGCUUGUGACAUCGAUGAAACGGAGCCAGAGAGAAACUAUAUUGUACCGAAAGAAGGUUUAACCGAUAAUGUGAUUGUCAGCAUGACUAAUAGAGAGGUUCUAAUUCAGAUGAGAUGUCCUUCGAGGGAGGGAGUGCUGUUAGAGAUCAUGGAUGCAGUAAGCAAUCUCCAAUUAGAUUGUCACUCGGUUCAAUCAUCUACUGUUGAAGGGAUGCUUUCACUGAUCAUUAAAUCAAAGUUCAAGGGAUCGGUUGUUGCAUCAGCAGGGAUGAUCAAGCAAGCACUUCAGAGAUUCACUAGGAAGUGUUGAAGCUCGUUUUCUCCCUCAAAACUUAGGGCUGUUUUAGAAUCCCUGCUUCAAUUGUCAGUAUAAUAUGUAUCAUGGAAAGGUUCUCUGUCGUCACAAUCAUAACUUCUAGGGAUAUUUCUGCAGAGAGAGAGAGAGAGAGAGAGAGAGA